GUUAUUGUAUAUAGUUACUUCUGUAAGUAGUGUUACAUCGUACAGUAACUACUCUAAAUAAGUGAAUAAAAAUAACUUAUAAUAUAGACUGAGAUUGCUUAGCUUCUUAUUAUGAGGAAAGAGAUUCUUUUUCUUAUUUUUGGAGUUUUAUGUUCUAGUGUGAAAAGUUUCUUCAAACCCAUAAAAGUGACAUCAUUUCCAAUUCCUAAAAGUUAUUUACCACGACCCUUGAUGUUAAGCCCUUUACUAGAAAAAGGCAUGUAUGAAGAAGCUCAGCAGCUCUCUAGAGUGAAGCCUGACAUUGGGAACAUAACAAGUUAUUCUGGCUUCUUCACAGUCAACAAAAAAUGUGAUUCUAAUUUGUAUUUCUGGUUCUUCCCUGCCCAAAAAGAUAACUGGAAGGAAGCACCUUUACUACUUUGGUUGCAAGGAGGCCCAGGUAGUACUUCGAUGUACGGACUCUUUGAAGAGCUUGGACCUUUUGAAUCUUAUCCAGACGGUUUAAAGAAGCGUGAAUAUUCGUGGAAUGUAGAGAAUAAUUUGCUUAUCAUCGAUCAACCAGUUGGGGUUGGCUACAGCUUCACAGGGAAAAGUUGCUACCCUCAAAAUGAAACGGCAGUCGGAGAAGAUCUUUACCAAGCAAUGGUUCAGUUCCAUGAGUUGUUCCCAUUCUUCCAACAGGGCAAGUUUUUCAUCAGUGGAGAAUCUUAUGCUGGCCAUUAUAUUCCUGCACUGGGCCACACGAUACUCAAACACAAUCCUUCUGCUAAAGUGAAGAUAAACUUGGCUGCAAUGAUGAUUGGAGAUGGAUGGAUGGACCCUGUUUCACAGAUCGACUAUGCAAGUUAUUUCUAUCAGACUGGAUUCAUUGACGACACGGCACGUGACGUCUACAAAUGCUACCAGGAUAAGUUUGUACAGCAAGUCGCAGAACAAAACUGGGCUGAUGCUACCGUAACAUGUGAUGCUUUUGUUGGUACCUUAUAUAAUCGUUAUGUUGGUAGUAAUGUGUGGGUCUAUAAUUACCUUCCUCGACCCUUUCAAGAGUCACAGAACUGGGAAAAGUUUAUCCAAACAAGGGAAAUCCGGAAAGCUCUUCACGUUGGAAACCUCCCAUUCCAAGAUGGUCAUGCUGCUUAUCACGCACUUCUGUAUGAUACUGUACAAUCAGUGAAACCCUGGGUGGAAGAACUGCUGGAAGUUUACCCAAUCAUAUUCUACAACGGUCAGGUCGACAUCAUCUGUCCCUAUCCAACGAUUAUUAACUUUCUCCGCUCACUAUCGUGGAGUGGGCAGGAUCACUAUCUCUUUGCUACAAGGUCACAGUGGUGUGUUGGUCAGGAACUGGCCGGUUACUACAAGGGAGUGCACAAUCUGUACGAUGUGUUGGUGCGUGAUGCAGGUCACAUGGUACCAGCAGACCAACCUCUCUGGGCCUACACUCUUGUCAACUCUAUCACUUCGGGAACACCAGACAACCCACUACACGCCCUUACACCUUGCUAAACAUUAUUAUCAGUCUUAUUGUCACUUAAUUAAAUAUUGAUACCAUAUGUUA